AUGGCAGAUACAAAGGUCAAGGUCAAUGGCCAUACUAAUGGCAAUGUCAAUGUCAAUGGCACGACCGACAAGACAACCACCAAGAACACCAAGCUAUGGCAACUCCUCGCUCUAGCAAAGGAAGUCUCCAAAGAUGUCGGCUCAAUCGAAGACUUUGAGAAAUCAGCUGAGGAGCGAGAAGCUCUCAAGCAAGAACUCGAAGCCAAACAAGGCGAGAACAAGCGUCUCCGCGAAUUCAACGACAAGAUCGUGCGAGAGUUCUCAGACCACAAAGCACAAGCCAACGCAAAGACUGAAACACUCUUUGCAGAAUUUGAACAGAAGUAUAAAACUUAUGAGUCUAACAAGGCAGCCGUUGAAGCCAUGGAGAGAGAGGUCAAAGAAGCGAGGGAGAAACUCGCUGCUGCGGAGGUGAAGGAGGGAGAGGUCGAGAGUUUGAAGCAGAAUCUGGCGGCUGCGGAGGCGCAUUUGACCAGUCAUGCUUCUGAGAUUAGAGAGAUGAAUGCGGAGUGUGAGUUGCAGAAAUCGCAGAUGGAGGCUAAUAUCGAGGAGUUGAAGGGGUGUAAGGAGAAGUUGACGCAGGCGCAGAGUGAUCUUGGGGAGGGUAUUCUGCGAGACUUUGGAACUGAGGAGGUCAAGAAGUUGCGAUCUGACCUCCAGGAGCUGUCAAAGAAGGUUCACGACUUUGUCAAUGAGUAUUUCAACGACCACGAUGGCGCACAGGACUCUGCGAGCGAAAUACAGGAACUUCACGCCCGUUUUCCCAAGAUCCCGCUCUCAACUCGCACCACCAAAGCAAGUGCCAAGAUGCGCUGCGCUGUCGCUGACGCUGUAAUCGCGGAAACACUCCUCUCUUAUGUCUUUGUCCCCUUCUACGUCGCCAGCGACAUGAGGGCCACUGCAUCUAGUAUGCUUGGCUUCUUUAAAGGCGAUGAGCGCCGAGAGACAGUGUAUCGCUCUCAAAUUCUCGGAUCCCUCUCUGAUUCUGAGCAAACUGAGACGGUCCAAGAGGACAUUGUGCGCAAAGCGAGCAACGAGGUGCGAAGCACUCUGCACCCGCUCGUCGUGGCGUACAAACAGACUGGCUUCUACAAUGCUGUCCCAACACUGUUCAGACAGGCUGUUGCACUUUGGGCCGAUACGCAGCGCUCUCGCGACAUGAUCACUGCAGAGAUGCCCGAUGAGGAAGAUUCUCGAGGUGCGCGCCAGUAUGAUGACUACGACGUCGGCAAUGCUCGCAAGACAAAGGGAAAUCCUAAGCCGGCGGUCCUCGCGAUUCUGUUCCCGCAGUUCGUCUGUCGCGAUGAAGUCAUCGCCGAGGGCGUGGUUCUCAGAUCCGACCAAGCUGCUGUUCUUGAGGCGCUUGAGGAGGCAAAGGAUAACGGAGGUGCGAAUGGUGAUACGAAGAAGAAGCCUGGAACACGAAGGAGAUCUUCUGCGGAACCAAAGUCUCCGCUUCGCAAGUGA